AGUCAUGAGCAAAUUCAUCUUCUUUCCUCUCAUAGCAUGAUAGCUCAUUCUUUCUCAUUCUCGUUAUAGAAAGUCCAUUCUAAUCUCUUAAAUUUGCAUGAUACCUCUUAUUCUUCUUUUUUCAUCCAAAGAAAUGCGUAGCCUUCAAAUUCUCUCUCUUUUACUCUUUUCAUUAUUUUUGGCAAAAUGUUACUCCCAAGAAGAUUUUCUCCACUGUCUUUCCAAAUACUCUAAAAACAAUACCAAAAAUAUUUACACCCCAAACUCUCCAACUUAUUCAUCUAUCCUUGAAUUUGCUCAAAAGAACCCCAGAUGGUUGAAUUCUUCACACCCCCUCUUCAUUGUCUCCCCUAGGAAAGAAUCAGAAAUCAAGCCUGUUAUUCUUUGUGGUAAAAAACUAGGGUUGCAAAUCAAAAUAAAAAGUGGUGGCCACGACUAUGAAGGAAUCUCCUUUAGGUCUAAAACCCCAUUUGUCAUGCUUGAUUUAAGCAAUCUUGAUGAUAUCAAGAUUGAUUUAAAAGAAGAGACAGUUUGGGUACAAGCAGGAGCAACCCUUGGCCAACUUUACUAUGCAAUUGCCAAAAAAAGUAAAGUGCAUGGUUUUGCAGGAGGUGUUUGUUUCAGUAUUGGCACUGGAGGGAUUAUUAGUGGUGGAGGGAUUGGUACUAUGAUGAGAAAAUUUGGCUUAGCAGCAGAUAAUGUUAUCGACGCUCGUGUAAUGGAUAUCAAUGGAAAAAUCCUUGAUAGAAAGAAAAUGAAAGAAGAUUUGUUUUGGGCAAUAAGAGGAGGUGGAGGAGCAAGUUUUGGUGUCAUUCUUGCAUGGAAACUCAAACUUGUUCGUGUUCCAGAAAAGGUUACUAGUUUCACAGUUUACAAGAGGCUAGAGGGCAACCAAAAUCUCCUCCAAAAAUGGGAAAAAAUCGGACAUCAAUUACCUGAUGAUUUGCUCGUCAGAGUAGUUAUACAAAAUGAUGGAGCAGGGAAUGAGAAGUAUGUUGAAAUCUUUUUUCAAGCACUAUAUCUUGGACCAGUUGAUGAAUUAAUUCCAUUGCUCAAAGAGAAGUUCCCUGAAUUUGAUUUGCAGAAAAAAGAUUGUUUUCAAGAGCCUGUUGUGGACUGUAGUAACAGACCUUGCAUUAAAAAAGAAUGUCGUGAAUCUUCAUGGAUUGGAUCAGUCUUGUAUUUCUAUGGUAGGAGAACAAAUGAGUCACUAGAAGUUUUGCUAGAAAAGAGUAUUCCAACACAGAAGAAUUAUUUUAAAGCUACAUCUGAUUUUGUGAAGACUCCAGUUCCAGAAAAAGGUUGGAAAAUGGUAGAAAAACUGUUCUUGGAAGAAGAAAGACCUCAGAUGAUAAUGGAGCCAUUUGGUGGAAAAUUAGAUGAAAUUUCAGAAUCUGAAAUUCCAUUCCCACAUAGAAAGGGCAAUUUGUAUAAUAUUCAGUAUUUGGUGAAUUGGGGUGAUAAUAGUGAGAGUGUAUCAAGUCAGAAGAUAGCAUGGAUGAGGAAACUUUAUAAGGAAAUGGAACCAUAUGUUGCAAAAUCUCCAAGAACUGCUUAUCUGAAUUAUAGGGAUCUAAAUUUUGGAACUAAUCAAGAAGACUACAGCUAUUCUAAGGCCAAAAUCUGGGGUGAAAAGUAUUUCAAUGGUAAUUUUGAGAGGUUGGCUAAAGUGAAGAGUAAGGUGGAUCCCAGUAAUUUUUUCAGAAAUGAACAAAGUAUUCCACCUUAUCAUAUUUGAUAGCUGAAGAAGGUUGGAUUACAUGCAAGGGCAAAAAAAAAGUCCAAGUUGUUUGAAUUUAUCAAUAAAUGUAUCACUAUGUCCACUUUAUCACCUCUUAAUCUACAAUAAAAUAAAACUUGGAUGUUUAUUGCAUCCAAAAACGUUAUAGAAUCACCUUUUA